CCCCCCCCGACACAGGUGGGGGAAUGCCGAGCACAGCCAUGAAGAAAAAGGUGCUCCUGAUGGGUAAAAGCGGGUCUGGUAAGACCAGCAUGCGAUCGAUCAUCUUCGCAAAUUACAUCGCUAGAGACACCAGACGCCUCGGGGCCACAAUUGAUGUGGAGCACUCCCAUGUCCGAUUUCUGGGAAACCUAGUGUUGAAUCUGUGGGACUGUGGUGGGCAGGACACCUUCAUGGAAAACUACUUCACCAGCCAGAGGGACAACAUCUUCCGCAACGUGGAAGUCCUCAUUUACGUGUUCGACGUUGAAAGCCGGGAACUGGAGAAGGACAUGCACUAUUACCAGUCGUGCUUGGAGGCCAUUCUUCAGAACUCUUCCGAUGCCAAGAUCUUCUGCCUGGUGCAUAAGAUGGACCUGGUGCAGGAAGAUCAACGUGAUCUGAUUUUUAAAGAGCGAGAAGAGGACCUUCGGCGACUGUCCCGCCCACUGGAUUGUACUUGUUUUCGAACGUCUAUCUGGGAUGAAACCCUCUACAAGGCUUGGUCUAGUAUUGUGUAUCAGCUCAUCCCCAAUGUCCAACAGCUGGAGAUGAACCUGAGGAAUUUUGCGCAAAUUAUCGAGGCAGACGAAGUGCUUCUUUUUGAGAGAGCUACUUUUCUGGUCAUUUCCCAUUAUCAGUGCAAAGAGCAACGGGAUAUCCACAGGUUUGAGAAAAUCAGCAACAUCAUUAAACAGUUCAAGUUGAGCUGCAGUAAACUGGCUGCCUCUUUCCAGAGCAUGGAAGUCAGGAACUCUAAUUUUGCUGCUUUCAUUGACAUCUUUACGUCGAACACAUACGUGAUGGUUGUCAUGUCAGACCCUUCUAUACCCUCGGCAGCCACCCUGAUCAACAUCCGCAAUGCCAGGAAACACUUCGAGAAGUUGGAAAGGGUGGACGGACCUAAGCACAGUCUUCUCAUGCGCUGACCUUCGCCCAGUGGGGUGUGUGAGGAAAGUCGGCCUGGCCGUUUUUAUAGGAGGAUCUAACCACGUGGGUGUCUGUGUGAGCUUUGAAAUGAGUGUGCUGCUUCCCACCUGUCUCUCUCCCACCUCUCCCCACCCCCCCACAAACCCCACCCUUAAAGUUGGACACUAUUCAUUCGGAGAUCACCCGGAUAAUGCACUGGAGCCUCUGGGCUUCUUGGGAAAUUAGGAACUGGCCGAUCUCAGAGGAAGGAGAAUCGGCCCGUGGGCCGUUAACCCGGUUAUCAUCACACACGUGGUCCGCCACGUCGUAUUGUAAAUCGGAAGGAUGAAAUGUGACUUAUUUUCUCAGCAAGACGCUAGGAUUCAUUUAUAAAUUCCUUCUUGCCUUCAGUCGUGAGAAUAAAUUUUUGCUACUAGGGAUUUCAGUUCCUCAGA